AUGCGGCUCCAAUUCGUCGUCAACGUUGCCCUCAUCGUAGGGGCGACAGUGGCUCGUCCAGUUAUGGAUUCAAACGCUGCUGCACAUGCGACACUUGACAAUCUAGCAUCAAUUGCGAGGAGGAAUCAAGACAGCUUUUUUUUCGGGGCAUAUAUGCAAAGACCAAAUGGCAAAACCUGUACAAAGUCCAAUAUGUUGGUGCGAAAAGAAUGGGGAUCUCUCAGCUCAGAGGAGAGGAUAGCAUACACAGAUGCCGUUCUGUGCUUCCAGAAGAAGGCGCCUUUGACUCCAACGAGUCUUAUACCGGGUGUUAGAUCCAGAUACGAUGAUUUUGUUGGGACACACAUCAACCAAACUCAGAACAUCCAUUAUACAGGGACUUUCCUCGCCUGGCACAGAUACUUCACCUGGAUGUACGAGAAAGCUCUUCGCGAUGAGUGUGGCUACACGGGUGCGCAACCAUACUGGAACUGGGGUCUCUUCUCCAAUGAUACCACCAGUGGUCCGGUAUUCGAUGGAAGCGCGACUAGCAUGUCUGGCAACGGACUCUACAUUCCGGGCAGAGGAGACCUCACCCUCGCUCUUCCUGGCCACCGCGAUGUACUUAUCUCAGCAGCCAAUGGCGGUGGAUGUGUCUCUUCGGGACCAUUCAAAAACAUGACUGUCAAUCUCGGACCUAGCGCUCUUCCCCUCAACGGCGGCAAAAGCCAAACCGGCAGUGGACUCGACUACAACCCUCGAUGUCUGACGCGCGAUAUUAGUUCCAAGGUCAAUGACAAGUUCGCGAACGCGACCGCCAUCUUGGAUCUGAUCACCGAAAAUUGGGACAUUGAUUCGUUCCAGACUGUCUUGCAAGGCGUCCCAGGCUCGGGAAGCCUCGGCGUGCAUGGGGGUGGACACUUCACUAUCGCCGGUGAUCCAGCAGCCGACGGGUUCGCUUCGCCCGGGGACCCGGCUUUCUAUCUACACCAUAGCAUGGUUGACCGCGUCUGGUGGAUGUGGCAAAUGCAAGACCCGAAAAAGCGCCUGAAAGCCAUAUCCGGCACCGGAACAUUCUUAAAUAUCCCACCCUCGCCCAACACUACCCUCGAAACACCCGUCGACAUGGGAUAUGCUGCCACCCCCGGCUACGGUCCCGUCGCUAUGAAAGAUUUGAUGAGCAUCACCGCCGGUCCUUUCUGUUACACUUACGACUCCUUGUAA